AAUAGUACAGUCGGAAAUUAGGGCUCGGAAAUCACUUCAGCUUUAUCGAGUUUCAAACUGACUCACUCACUCACUCACUCACUCACUCACACUCAGAGCAAGUAACUCGACUCUUUCACUUUCACUUUAUCUGUGCAAAAGGUAGGAGAUAUGUCUUCUGAUACGGGGAAGGAAAAUGCAUCUGUAGUUGACUCAUCAGCCACUGAAUGGAAACAGGACAUGGGGAAUUCAGAUGACCCUGGUAAUAAAUGAUGAAGAGAGUUCAAGUUAUAAAGGUAAUGAGAACGGUGAUCCCUCUAGGGAAAAAGAUUUGGGUGAUACUCAUUAUUGCAUUGAAAAUUCAACUGCCAACAAAAGGAGUAGAUUAUGUGAUACUAGAUAUUUUAUCAUAAAGAGUUUGAAUCAUCAGAAUAUCCAAUUAUCAAUUGAGAAAGGAAUUUGGGCGACUCAAGUGAUGAAUGAACCAAUAUUGGAAGAAGCCUUUCAUAACUCUGGUAAAGUAAUAUUAAUAUUCAGUGUCAACAUGAGUGGUUUCUUCCAAGGGUAUGCUCAAAUGAUGUCAUCUGUUGGAUGGCGGCGAGAUAAUGUUUGGAGCCAGGGAAGUGGCAAAUGUAACCCUUGGGGACGCAGUUUUAAGGUAAAAUGGCUGCAGUUAAAUGAUCUACCAUUUCAAAAAACUCUUCAUCUCAAGAAUCCGUUGAAUGACUAUAAACCUGUCAAAAUUAGCAGAGACUGCCAGGAGUUAUCUACAGAUAUUGGAGAAGCACUGUGUGAGCUUCUUGAUGUGAAGAGUAAUGUUGAUGGUCUACCAAUUAGGGAUGCUUUUGCUUCAAGAAGACCCUGUAUAGAACCUCCAUCUUCAUUUGGAGAAGAAGACUAUAACGUGCCCCUGAUGCAUCCUUCCUGGUCUCAGUCACCAAUGCUUUAUUCUUCAUUACUGUACCAACAUCAGAAUGAAGCUAUUAAAUAUCAGUUAGCCAAUUGCGGAACUACUGGUACUAAUUUUCCUGAAAAUGUUGCUGUAAAUUCUGCAGCUUCAAAAAUAACAAGGAUGAAACACUCUGGCAACAAUGGGUAUCAUCCUAAUGUACAAGUGGACAGGGAUAUGUCUUCUCGAGUUGAUAUGUGGGGUUUGACUGCAGAAAGUCCUAUAGCUAGUGGUUUGACGGAGGACGACCUUCUUGAAAUGUCUUAUGAGGAGUACCUGGAGGCUCAUAGCGGAAGUAGCAAACAAUUAUGCAGUCCUGCUUCUGGACCGUCACGAGUGACAUUAGAUUCAAUAAGAAGUAAAAAACAAGAGGAUGAGGAUUUAAUUUCGAGUACGGGUUCGGAGCGGGGCAGCUCAAGGAAGAGGAAUCACCAAUGAGUAAAAACUCUGUAAUGUAGUUUAGUUAUUUUUAUUUUCUGGAUGAAAUUGUUAUUAAUUCUACUACUCCCUACAGUUGGGGCUUGUAUUGUUGCCAAAUCUUGUAGUUGUACAAAUAUGUACCUAAAUAUUCCAUCUCAUAAGAAUUUUUUACUGGGUCCAGUAUCCGUGUUGUACAGAAAUUGAAUUGGCUACUUUGACCCUAUUAUUAUUAUAAUAGAAUUGGCAGCACAUAACGAGUAGCCUUCUUUAUAUAUUA